AUGGACCGCUCAUUUGCAUUUUCAGCCCCUUCUACCGCAUCGGUCAACUCGCAUGUCCGUCGCAAUUCAUCCCGGGCCCCGCGCCGCCCGCGCAAGAAGAAGGACAAGAAGUCCAACAAAUACGGCAUAUGCCGAUUCUGUGCUCAGCCGGGCAAAGAUACGUUGGCCUCGCUUCGUCUCUGCUCGCAAUGUGUGACAAGGACGAGAGCGUUCGUGUUGAACCCGCACCCCCGUUGUGUGGGAACUAAUGCUUGUGUGUUCAUGCUUCAGCUCAAAUCGGAUGAACACCUCCUCUACUGGCCAUGUUUUAAUAACCUCAUGGUUAUUCUAGGCUCACGAUGUGGCCUUUGUUGGUUCGACGCUCUGACUCCCGAAAACCGUGCCGCCCUCGAGACCUACCGCUCCGAGAAACUCGCCGAGAGCCAAUAU